AGAUCACGGAAGUCGUUGAGACGGCCAAAGUCUAUCAGUUGGAGAAAACCAGAACGAAUAAAGGCAUCAAGGUGAGGCACGGCAAUCAGGACCGCGUGUUUCGUUUGGAAUUCGUGUCGAACGCCACCUUUUCCGAUUCCGAGUUUAGUAAAUGGAUAGAGACCAUGAAGCUGCAGAAUCUUCCUCUACCAACUGUAGACUUCGUGGAACGCAAGGUAGAGGACAUAAAACGCGCCUUUACAUACCGAUAUACGGACAAAGACAUUGAACAGGAAUUGGCUGAACAAAACGGAAACGUAGAGGAGGCUGUUCGAAUUUCUCAGAAAAUAGAGGAUUUAGAGCAACAAGCAGCAGAAAUUGACCGCAAACGUAACGCCAGCAUCCUGCCCAUUAAUUACAUCAAUCAAAGAAACCGCCAGAAAAACUUGUUUGAAGUCGAGGAAGCGUUAAAACAUUCUGAUGAUACGGCAUCCGGAGGAGAUGAUCCCUUUACUCGUCGCAAGAGCAGGUCUAAGCUGUAUACUAAGGCACGAAAACCAGAUUUUCGCCCUUCUGAUGUGAUCGCUGCUCCUGUUAAAAAGACGGAUGUGAUUCCCACCGAUGACGAUAGCAACUCCAACUUGCCUUCUACUUCGACAAUUCCGGUUGCGGUCGAUGUUUGGAACACAGAGGCAACUCUAAGCGAAGCUGAAGCCGCCUCCGUAUCGCCGGACCGCGCAAAAGUCAGGGAUUCAGAAAUACUGCUAGCAGGUGCAGUAAACAAUGAACCAAUACUAGAGAACGGGGGUUCCCUGGCGGAACCUUCGAUUUCCACUGAGCCGAAAUCUGCACCUAAGGUUGUAGAGGAGAAGAAGGAAAAAUUAAAGAAAAUAGUUCCUUCCAGCAGUUCAGCCGACGAUCUUUUCUUUGCUCACGACUUUGACGUCAAUAUUGAACUCGAUUUUCCUCUCACGCCCGUGCCUACCCCGCCACCGAAGCCUUGCUGUUCGAAAUCGAUCGGAAACUCAAACCGGCGGGCCAUUAAUAUUGAAGAUUACAAGAAACGCAAGGGUCUCAUUUAA